UGUCUUGUUACUUAUCGACAUCAUCUCAUCUGCAGUAAGCUGACGGUAAGCUAAUUAUGAUCAGAAACCACAGCUUUGUUUUUGUUGUGUUUGUAGUGUUCUGGAUUACAUAUGUGGACUGUGUGUUUGUAUAAUCUUUAAUGGAACUCUUUGCUCGUCAGUCUGGGACUGAAAUCUCUGUGUCAACACAUAUUUGGAGCUUCAUCUCCAGGUUAAAAGACUGGAGUUACCUGUAUGUCUUGUUUACAGGCUGAAUCUGGAGGUGUGCAGGCUGCACCUCAUCCAUCCAUUGUCUACCACUUUAUCCUCCACAUGAGGGUGGUGCUGCUGCUGCUGCUGCUUGUGCCAAUCCUCAGCCUCACACAGCUGUCUUUUAAUAUUUAAGCUGACGUUGCAUGAAUAUUGUUCAAUCCUUUGCUGACGUUCUAAAGAGAACUGAUGCUAUGUGGAAGAUGAACACAAGGGUUAUAUGAUAUUAACCUUCCCAUUAUACAGAUGAACAGAUUACAGUUGUGACUGCAGUGCUCUGAGUGCUGCUACUCUGGUCUGUACAGCUGCACUGCAGAGUCUUUCCAGUCUGAAGUAACUGAGCUCAGAAACGACGAGCCUUUGGAGUGUCAGCUUUUGCAUCUCAGCAGUGGUUUUAGGAUGCAAGAGUGACGGAUGAUAGGGAAAACACGCGUUUAUCUCUCUGAACUGACAGAUGACUCUUCUAUUUACCAUAAUGACAUUCAAUCCCCCUCUCAGAUCAUUAAAGAUUGAUGUUUUGCACUGAGAUCCUUGACAACAAACCUACAUAGCCUUCUCUCCUCUCUUCUCCUCUCCUCUGCACCUUAUGCUGCCCUAACAUGCUUCCUUCACCUUCUCCUCUCACCCCCUUCCCUCCAGCUCCUCAGCUAUCUGCUUCUCACCUCUCCUCCUCCUCCUCCUCCCUUCCCACUCUCACAAAGUGGCGACAGUGUGACUGCCUGCCUGCGUCAGACAGCCCUUGCCAGCUACUGAACACUGCUACUCGAGUUGCCGCGUAUACCCUGCAAAAAAGCUCUGUGUGUGUGUGUGUGUGUGUGUGUGUGUGUGUGUGUGUGAGGUGUGUAAUUGCAUGAGUGUACGCAGAUGGGAAAGCAACUGAGUCAGGGAGGGCUGCCUCUCAUCUCUGCUGUUACCACCAUCCUUCACUCUCCCUCCUCUCCUCUGCUGCCAUGGAGCUCGAGCAGGCUGAAUCACAACAGCAUCUGCACAAAGAGCUGAGGUAGAUGUGUGUUUACAUGUGGUGCUCCGCUGGACCAGUAUGAAGUGUGUGUGUCUGAGGAGGUGGGCACAGGGCUCUGCUGUCGUGUUCCUUCACACACUGGCCUUAUCCUGGACAGGUGCGAUCGAGUCGGCCCCAAAAAUCGACGGAUGGCACCGCGCGGCGAUGACGCUGCAGGAGAACAUGACACACCGCUUUAACUGUCAGUCAGACGGCUGGGAUCCCCACGCUCCGCUGUUGCUGACCUGGUACCUGAACGGCGAAAAGCAGGGAGAGCCGUCGCCCAACCGUGGGCGCCUGGUGAUGACAUCCAAGGAGGAUUCUCCCGCCAUGAGACCAGGGACCAACCACAAUAGCACGUUCUCUCUGCACGCCAGAAAAUGGGACAAGGAGCUCGUGUGUGUGGCGUCAAAUCCUCGGACGGGAGAGAGCUACAACGCCACAGUCACACUCAAUGUCCAGUUUCAACCAGAGAUCCUCAGAGUGAACGCCCACUAUAGUGAAACCUCAGGCCCCGGCCUCUCCCUGUUCCUCUUUGCCUUGGUGCGGUCCAACCCGCCCGCCACCAUCACCUUCGUGGACCAGUCUGGCCAGCUGGUCGCCAACACCUCUGACUUCCUCAUCUUGGACUCCCGGAGCUACCCCUGGCUGACCAAUCACACCCUGAGGGUGACGCUCAGUAGCCUGUCAGGGAAUAUAUCGAUGAAUGCCAGCAACAGUGUGGGAGCGGUGCAGAACAACCUCACACUAGCAGAGUUCCUGCAGUCUCGUGUGGAGGUGCCCAUGCUGGGCAUAGUGACUGGAGGGGCCAUGGCCUUCAUGGCCCUCCUCAUCCUCAGUCUUAUUGUUCUCUGCCUCAUGCAAAAAAAUCAAAAAAGCAAGUCCAUUGACGAGCCAGUGGAGAUUCUCAUGACCAAGAAGAGUGACUCGGCCAAUCUGAAGGCGGAGAAAGCUGAUAAGGUCCACAUCCCGAGAGAGAACAUGUCUCUGCCGUCCAACAUGCAGCUCAAUGACCUCAGUACUUUGAGAAAAGCCCGAGAGGCUUCGCUGCACAACAGUCUGGGAGCGAGGAAGGAAGAGGAGGAGGAAGAUCUCUCUUUAGCCUACGCCGCCAGAGGUUUUGCCAGAUAUCCGAUGGUAGGCUACAUCUAUAAGGUGAACAGCACAAGCAGCGAGGAGAUCUGGCUCUGACUUACCUCAACCCUGACACACUCAUGCAUGCAUAACCACUUCCAACAAUGCAUCUGUCAAAGAGGGUAAACUGCCAGUCGGUCAUCCGUCACCUCUAAGCUGCGCCGGCGGGACGUGAGCAGUGUUUUGUGGGCCACGUGCAGCAUCGACACACUCUGGCUCUCUGACCGAAUGUCCAAUUUGAAGUGCACAAAACAAACACGCCGACGCUUUUGUUUGCGUGUUGUGUCUCUCUACACAUAAAAGUACUCAUAUAACGCAACGUUACGCUUCAUUUUUCCACCUGUAACCACACGCUCAUCGCUCCGUCCUCCAUAUGUCGCAUCGUCGGAAUGCAUUUAAAUGUCCUACGCUUACACCAGAAUGUCCAAAAGGUAAUGUAUCGUAUGUGCGGUUUUACAUUCUGACAACUAACGCCUCGGUUAGGUGGCACAUGAUUAUGAAGUAUGUAUUUAUAUAUAUAUAUAUAUAUAUAUAUAUAUAUAUA